AUGUCUUCAACAACAUCACCAAGUAUGACGAUCGCUCAGGCACUCACCACGCCAUUUGUUGCUCCAUCAGGAUGUGCUGACAAUUUUGUUCCCGCAAAUCCCGUAACUACAGGCCGCUCUCAAGAGUCUCUCUCCAUAUUUGUCUCGGCUGCCGUCGAUUCUCGGUUUGCACCUUGCCAACCUCCUGGGUGGGACCGAGGAAGGGACGGCACAAGCUUUGCAUUCAGCCCGGCUGUUUGUCCAAGUGCUUGGACGGCGUAUCGUCUUGGGCAGAACUAUCUAGCGUCAGCUCGUAAUGGGAAUUAUACGGCAAAGUGCUGCUCCAGUGGCUUCACACUGACCUAUGGCGUCGAGGCUGAAGGCAUAUACCAAUUCCCAUGCGCUCGCACACUGGUGAAUAACCUGAGUGCGAUCACGCGAACCUCCACGAUCACCCAAGGCUACGUCAACAACACAGCCAUAACGUCCAUUUCAAUGUUAACCACCACUACCGGCACCACCACAUUGAGCAUCCACAAUGCAUGGCUUAUAUCAUGGGAUCCCUCAGACGCUUCCACUCUAAGCCCCUCUCCACCGAUGCUCAGGUGCACAGAAUCGGCGGUUGACGUGUGGGUGCCCGGCGAAACAACAGUCGUUCCCGGGAGAGCUCUGGAUAAGUGUGGGCCGGGAGAGUCUCCUCGGUUUGGGGGUCUGACCGGCUUUUUGGUCAUCGGACUACCACUCAUCUGUGUGUUUUUGGUGGUCAGCUGCGGUACUUUCUUCUGCUUGCGCCAUCGGAAGCACCGAGAAAGAAGGCAUGUGAUGCGGGCCUCGGCGAGUCAGAUCUCAAAGAAAGACGAAGAUCAGUCAACGUCACAAAAGGCUACGAAGGAGAGUAUCUCUGUUCAGGAGUCUGGAAAUAAAUGA